GAGCCUCCCGCGGGGUAGAGACAACACCCAAUAGGAAGGUACCGUUGAAGCCAAAGCAGCCAUCACUGAUACUGGCAACGGGAGUCGACGGACCUCCCUUCUCCUGUAUGACGUAGUUUUCCCUUCGUCUCCCUCCGUUGCCCUGGCAACAGAUAAGCGGUCUGGGAAGAGAGUCGUCUGUAAGUAGUAGACCCAAAAUGGAACCAAAGGUGACCAGACAGCCCAUGUUCCUUCUCUAGGCUUGAAUAAAGAAUUGUCAUUUUGAUGAUACCGGGUUGGAUGCCUAAAACUGCAAAGGAAAAAGAUCAGAACUUUCAGGAAAAACUAUAUCCAGCAAUUCAGAUAUGGCAGAAGUGAAGUCCAUGUUCCGGGAAGUUCUUCCAAAACAAGGGCAGUUGUCUGUGGAAGAUAUAACCACAAUGGUGCUGUGUAAACCCAAACUUUUACCCUUAAAAUCUCUGACUAUGGAAAAACUGGAGAAAAUGCAGCAAGCAGCACAAGAAACAAUUCGCCAACAGGAAAUGGCAGAAAAGGACCAAAAGCAAAUGACUCGCUGAAUAACUUAGCACUUUCUAGCUAUUAACAGUAGCUAGAAAAUAAUCCACCUGUAUGCUGAAAGUAGUAUGUGUUAAUAAAACUUAUAUUCAUAUAGGUAAUAUAAAAUACCCAAGACUAAUGAAACGUGUAUGGUUUGUAAUGAAUGUAAGCCAUUAAAACUAACCCAAAUCUUGUGUGUUUUUUUACCCAAGUUUUUAGAAAUACCAAUUAAGUUAGUGUUCACCAUUACUACUACACGGCUGAUAACAUUCUUAGGUACAAGUGACUAAAUACAACUUAUAUAUUCAGAGAAUUUUUAAUGUCUAUUAAAAACUGAAUUUAGAGAUAUAUUCUAAUCUUGCAUUAAGUACUCAUGAUGGGCUUUUAUAUUACCUAAUUUUUAAAACUUGUUAUGAAUUUGGUGUGACCUAUCAUGUUUAAGGCUAUUUUGCCUUAAACAGAUCCUACAAGUCAUGACAAAACUCUAUUUCUUAAAAUAAACUUAAGAAGCCCUCACCUGAGCUUUUAAUAAUACUAAUUUCAAGGACUUAAUGAAAUAAUGGCUAUUUUUAUCAUCCAGAUAUCAAAACCCUAGAAAUGGAAAAUAACAUGGAUUUAAAAGAGCUCAUGAGAUAAACAUGAAAUUCAAUCUGUAGUGUUAGUCCUAAAAGAGUGUACUGAAACCUGUAAUGUAACAUAUUCCCAAAAAUACCUUUGUAAAUUCUGAAUAUAAUUCUUGGUUGGUUGGCUGCAAUCAAUAAUAGACCAUUUAAAUUAGCAGACCGUAAACCUUCCUACAUAAAAUUAAGGCUCUGCAAAAGAAGUUAGAAAUGUAAUCAUUCUUCAGAUAAUUAUUUAUUGUAGCUAUUAUUUUCUCAGACAUGGAAUAAAUGCAAAACUUUGAGUCUCUUGAAGAAUAAUAUUUUGAGACAUUAUUUGGUAAUAGAACUUAAUUAAAAGCCCUGGCUGGUUUGGCUCUGAAGGUCUCAGGUUCAAUUCCCAGUCAAGGGAUUGCAAAUUCAAUCCCCAGACCUAGUAGGUCGGGAUGUGUUUGGGAGGCAACCAAUUGAUGUUUCUCUUCUCUCUUUUGCUAAUCCUAAUCCCUUCCACUCCCUCAAAAAUAUAUAAAUAAAUAAAUGGAAAGAAUAUCCUUGGGUGAAGAUUAAAAAAAAAAAAGGAGAGAGAGAGAAUGAUGAAAGGUAAUAUAUAUUUUAGAAAUUUCAUUAGGCUAAAGAUAAAAUCUUUUUAAAAGUGUGAAAGCUAAACAGCCAAAUAGGAAAUAUGCAUUUCCUAAGUAAUUAUUACUAUUGUACUUCUGAUAUAAAAGUUUGUAAGAAAGUUUAAAUUCACUGGGUUCAAAUGCACUCCUUAUAUGAUUUUAUUUGCUAAGUGAAUAAAAGUAUUUUUUAAAACCUAAAAUAAAUGUACUCCCAAUAAAAAAUCAACACUGUUUCACAUGUUUUAUUUUGUCAUACAUUCUUCUAGAACCGGGUUCAUUUUUCCAGUUUUGUAGAAAAAUAAAUGUUCCAGCCACCAUUUACUUAACUGUCUAGUCUUUAAGACCAAUCAAUAUGUUCCCUGGAAAGAUGAAUAAGUCCCCUGACUAACUCAUUUUUUUUAAAUUCUUUAAGACAAAGAAAUAACUUUUUUUUUUACUCCCAAAGCACAGUAUUUCAACAGCAGCAGCCAAAAUGGGGUUUUAGCAGCUUAACUUUACCCCCUAAAUAAAGCUUUGUAUAAACCAGUGAUUUUACUACAAAAACACUGUCCUUGGAAAAAAGGAAUAGCAAUCUGACAUCAAUGCAAAACUUGGAAUGAUUAGGUCAUAAACAUGGCACUUACAAAAGGUAGCUUAUGAGAACAUUCCACUUAAGAAGUGGUUACUUUUCUGUCCCUCCUUUACACCAUAAAAAAAAAAAAAAAAAAAAAAAAAAAGGAAAUACUUCCUUUAACAAUUCCCCUUAAAUUU